UUGAAAUGUUUUGUUGAAUAAAGUCGAAGUAAAUAAAAUGUUUUAGAUUUGAAGUAAAAUGAAGGAUAUACUCUUCUUAUUAAAUAUAGUAUAUUUGGGAAAAGUCUCCUGUAUAUGUGAUUCAACGUCAUCUGAUGUCUGUAAGCUAAAUCAAAAUACAGAUUUGCCUUAUGUUUAUACGAGGCAUCCGUCGAUUGACUAUUCAUCACUGACUGAUGAUACAAAGUACUGUGACCUGCAUGCACUACAGCAUGGUACAUGGUACAGAAGUAGUUACAACCUCAUAACAGAAUGUGUAGAUCACAGAAAGUGUGGAACUAGUGACCCAAUAUGGUUGAAUGGAAGUUUACCAGCUGAUGCUGUUGGUACUGUGGAUGGAACAGGGUGCGUUAGAACAUUUGAUAGCUGCUGUGAGAGCACUCUGGGACUUAAAAUUAGAAACUGUACCUAUUAUAUGGUAUAUUGUUUCAUUGAUCUACAUUCGGCCUGUCACAGCAGAUACUGUCUAGAUACAGAUUUGAGUAUAGAGACAACAACAACAACAACAACAACAAUAACUACUACUACCACUACUACUACGACUACGGCACCUGCCACAACAGACAGUAGCAAAAAUGAAGGAAAUGUCGCUUCAGAUAACCCACAAACAUACAAAGGUGCAUUUAUUGCAGCAUUAGUACUGCUUGUGAUUGUUGUGAUUCCGAUUCUUGCUGUAGCAGCCUUUAAAGUUCACAAAGUUUGGCUAAACAAAAAGUCGCAAAUAAGUGCUUCAAUGGCGACAAUGGUAUCAGGGUCGAGCCAAGGUACAAUACAACAUGUGGACAAUAAAACAAGCGAUUUAAAUUACACCAGAAGUCAAAGUUCAAGAUCGAACGCGACAGUUAGUAUUAGUGGCAUACAACCUAAUGGCUUUCGUGGAUAAGAAUCAGUAAAUAUGAAAUCGGUUUGUUGGAGAUGAUGUAACGUGUGGACAGGGUAUGCUUACCUCCGUGUCUAAACGAUAGAAUUAUAUCGUCGCAUUUAAGACAUCAUUGCUCAUGUAUCUAUAAGAAUUAUUUGCACAUGAAAAAGCAUACUUAAAACUACUGCUGUUCUAUGCAUCCAUUUUCCCUUUGUGGGCUGAUACAGUUAUCUGUGUGCUAUAUAUAAACACAAGUUUUAAUGUAUGUACUAAAACUGAAGUGUAUACUGUAUGUUAUUAAAUUGUCGAUACCAGAUCGGACUGGCGUUUCUAUCGCAACAAACAACCCUGAUGUAUUAGAAUCGUUAUGAUUCCUUAUACUCUAGCUUUGUAAUAUCUCCAUAUUGAUACAACACAUCAUUGUCGUGAUUUACCUUGACACUGUAUGUACCUAAUACCGUAUGUAUAUGGCUAAAAAUGUAUAAUUACUAGGUA